AUGUCUUAUAUGAACUCAUCCCGGACCAUCCACAUGGGAGAGGAGACCUCAACUGAAAAGUUAUACGGUAUUUUGCUUGUUGCCGUUGGCUUAUCGCUCUUCCUACUGUACACACUUUACCAAAAUGCGCUCCCGAAGCCAAUCAAUGGUAUCCCGUACAAUCCGAAAUCCAUCAGCGGUCUAUUGGGGGAUUUACCAGACCUGGCUAGAACUGUCGCCAAUACAGGAGAUGUGUCUGGAUGGUUACAUGGAAGAGCAGCAGAAUUCAACUCACCCGUCUGCCAGAUCUUUAUUCGCCCAAUGUCGAAACCUGUAGUGAUAUUGAGCGAUUUUCGCGAGGCGCAAGACAUCUGCAUGCGCCGAAAGGAGUUCGACCGCGGAAGCACGUUGCGCAACCUGUUCAAGGGCUCGUCUCCGAACCAUCAUAUCACGUUGUUAACGGGUGACGAGUGGAAGGCGCACCGCCGGCUGCUUCAAGACUUAAUGUCGCCGCCGUUCCUUCAAGACGUCGCAGCACCAGCUAUAUAUGCCAACGUGGUGAACUUGAUCAAUUUGUGGCAUGAUAAGACGCGGAUAGCCGAUGGCAGGCCUUUCAAUGCAUACCAUGACAUAUUCUACACGGCUCUAGAUGCUGUCACGGCGUUUUCUUUUGGCAAAGACUUUCCUAGCAAUGCAACAAAGCCGGUGGCCGACCUCAUACGCGGCCUCGACGAAACGGAAAUAGCCAGGCUUCGAGAUGGACUGUCCAUUGAUGAUGCGAUCGAAUUCCCAACCGUCGAAUGUGACGAGAUAAUCAAAGCAACGCUGGAUGUCAGCAUCAACAUUGAGAAGCUGCACGCGUCUCCGUUGCCUGUUUGGAAAUGGAAGAUCAUGGAAAUUUUCCCUCCUCUCAACAGAACAAUACGACUGAAGAACCAAUUUAUCAUUAAAGAACUGAAAAAAGCGAUGGCUAGGCAGGAGGCCAACGGUGACGAUGAUAAGUGGAUGCGCUCUGCCGUUGAUCUGAUGGUACAGAGAGAGAAGAAGCUUGCGCACGAGGAAAAUCGGAAGCCUGACUUUCUCUCGCCCACGAUGAAAGACGAGCUGUUUGGCGUCAUAACCGGAGGCCACGACACUACCAGUACCACCUUGCUUUGGGGUCUUAAACUCCUGGCCGACUACCCAGCGGUUCAGUCAAAACUACGCAGUGCCAUGGAAAAGGGAUUUUCCGCCGCCCACACAGAGAAACGAAACCCCCUGAUCGAAGAAAUUAUGCGCAUCAACGUUCCCUUCCUGUACGCUUCGAUGGAAGAGAUUCUCCGCUGUUCCGGUACCGCUCCUCUCGUCGAGCGUGAAGCAAUGUGUGACACCGUGUUACUCGGGUAUCAUAUACCUAAGGGCACCAAGAUCUUUGCCCUCGGCCAGGGGGCUAGCAUAAGAAGUCCCGCUAUCCAGAUCAACGAAGAGCGGCGAAGUGAGACAAGCCGUCUUGCAGUCAAGAAUCGAGGUCGGGUGCCAGAAUGGGAUCCUACCGACAUUGCGUUGUUCAACCCUGACCGCUGGCUCAUAUCUGUUGAAUCAAAAGGGCAGAUGGAUGAAGCAACUGGGGUUGGAGCCAACGUCGAAUUUGACUCUGCAGCGGGCCCACAGAUUGCAUUUGGGUUGGGCAAACGAAGCUGUUUUGGGAAAAGAUUAGCGUACGUGGAGUUGCGGAUUCUUCUGAGUCUAAUUGUGUGGAAUUUCAAGAUCCUCAAAUGCCCCGACGCACUCAGUGGAUACGAGGGAAAGGACGGGGUCACACACAAGCCAGUGAAGAACUGGGUGCGCUUGGAGAAGGUAGAAAGGUAA